UCAAAGUUCAUCCCGGAGUAGCGUUCGCAUCGGUCUCCCUCACAGACGUCACGUUAAAGCGAACACCCGAUUGAACACCUCCACGUUCUUUGACCGAUGGCGACCUAAAAAUUUGUCUACGAGGUCAAAAUUUUUGGUGUGAAAUAGGAAGGAAUUCGUCGGUGCGCUCGACUUGUCGGAAGCAGCGCUACGCAAGACCCACCCACCGGAAAACCACGUACUUGACGCAGUGUUGAGGAGGUGCCAUCGAGCGAAAAGUUUGCUGCUUGUCGACCGGGGGUUUUCAGGGAUCGGAGCUUAAUAUCAGAGAGAUCCGUGGGGAGAAAUUCAGGUAACCUUCGGGUUUCGGCCAAGUGACUAAUUUGGGGGGCAGUGAUUAACUUGAGCUGCGGCCGCACAUACACGGAGAAAUCUCGUUUUUUUAGCGAUCUCAUUGGUAGCUUGAAAUAGAUAUGAAUUUGGUGUUCCGUGUAGGAUUGGCACCUCAUUUGUGAAUUGGGGAGUUCUGCAAGGAGUAUUGGUUUGAAGAAACUGAACUGCGACGAAAUAGACGAUUGGGGAGUUCGCAUUCAGCAAAGACAUUGACUUGAGCUUGUUUGUUAUGAUAUAGAAUGACACCUAAGAGUUUAUUGUUGCGAGUUGAUGAGGCGAUUAAGGCUAUUGGAUUAGGAUAUGACAUAACGUCAGAUAUUCGUUUGAAGCACUGCAAGGACUCAUCAAAUUUAAGUUUGAUUGAGCUUGACGAUACUGAGAUUCACGAUGUCGUUCUUCCUGGUGGCUUGACUAUUUCAGGUGUUCCUAAAUCCAUAAAAUGUGACAAAGGAGAGAGGAUACGAUUCAAGUCAGACGUUCUGUCAUUUCAACAGAUGUCUGAGCAAUUCAACCAGGAACUAUCAUUAUCUGGUAAAAUACCAUCUGGUCUCUUCAACAAUAUGUUUGACUUUACUGGUUGUUGGCAGAAAGAUGCAGCAAAUACAAAAACAUUGGCAUUUGAUGGAUGGUUUAUUACCCUAUAUGCUUUUGCAUUAUCAAAAUCUCAGAUUGUACUUCUUGAUCAUGUUAAGCAUGAAGUUCCAUCAACAUGGGACCCUGCUGCUUUGGCAAGGUUUAUUGAAAGAUUUGGCACUCAUAUUGUAAUUGGUGUUAAGAUGGGAGGAAAGGAUGUAAUCUAUAUUCGACAACAACAUUCAUCCAACCUUCAACAUUUUGAAGUUCAAAAGAUGUUGAAAGAUUUGGCAGAUAUGAGAUUUCAAGAGACUUCAAGAGAAUAUGACAUGUCUUCUAAAGAAACCUAUGGGAAAGUUAAGUUUGAAAUGAGAGAGCAACCACUUAGAUUUUUAAAUAUCGGUCCAUCAAGCGCUAACUACACAAAAGAGGACAUUGUGAUAAUGCCAAAAAGAAGAGGUGGAAAAGAUGCUUGGGAUUUAUCUCAUAUUGAGUGGUUGAACACUGUUCAUUCUGAACCUGAUGUUAUUUCAAUGUCCUUUCUGCCAAUUACUUCCCUUUUGAAUGGGGUUCCUGGAAGUGGUUUCCUAAACCAUGCCAUCAAUCUGUACCUUCGAUGUAAUUUAGCAGCUUGUCUCUAA